AUGCAAAUAUCGCACGACCUAAUUUGUCCGAUAACAUUAGACGUGUGCCGAGAUCCGGUAUUAGCCGCUGAUGGUCAUAUCUAUGAACGUAGCGCGAUCGUCCAAUGGAUCAAACAACAGGGUACAAGUCCGCUGACACGUAAACCAUUGACUCUCGACGAUCUCCAUUCGGAAACAAGUCUUAAACAACAGAAUCUAUUUGAAAAAUCUAAUAUCGAUCAAUUAAAUGUUUUCGCUUUAUCACCAUCAUCGUUAUCAAUAACUAUAAAUCCUGAAGAGCAAAUGUCUACGAAACAGUGUGGUACUAUUAAACGAAUAUUGGUGAUAAGUAGCGUGGUUUUUAUGAUUAUUGGAAUGUUCAUCUGUUUUUUUUUCAUUACAAUCCAUUUAACAUCGACAAUUUCCUCUCCCAGCUACCCACCUACCAAUCAUACAGACGGUCUGACAACGUAUAGAUUACCAAAUAAUUGUACACUGGCAAAUAUUCUGCCUUUAUUUUCAUGGGACAAUGCUCAAAAAUUUGAUUAUACAUACUACUCGAAAACCUUUCAAGCGAUGUCAACUGAAACGAUAAUCAUCUUCGCUUUUCGUAAUGAUCCAUCGUAUUGGUGUCUUGAUAGUGUUUCAGUAGUAGAUAUCUCGUCUAACCAUGAACUCCUCGUCAAUGGAAAUUUUGAACAUAAUCCAUCGAAUGGCUUCCUUCGAUGUAAUUUCUAUGGAAAUAGUUCAACAAAUCUGUUUAUCACAUCUGGACACGCUUACAGCGGUUUCCAUUCAUUCUGUGAUGGAAGUGUAGGACAACCGGAUUAUCUUGUACAAAAAUUUCAUACUAAAAUCGGACAUUCCCAUUUUCUUUCAUUCUGGUUGCAAAAUUUGGAUGAUUUAUCCAAUAGUGCACGUGUUUUCUUAAGUUACUAA